UUGAUAAGAAUGCGAGUGAUUUGAAACACAACAAGGUGAAGUUUUGAUUAAUUGGAUUUGUGAAUGAAAUUAGUUAGUUUCUAACGUUGAAUUGAAGUAUACUGUAUCGCAUAAUAAAAGUUUCAGGAUUUUAUUUGCUGCAAUGAACUUUAUAUGGUUUUUACUCUUGGUGGCCGUUAUCGAUUUUACGGGAGGGAGUUCUACUUCAAAACCACCAAAUAUUGUUUUUAUUCUGGCUGACGACUUGGGAUGGAACGAUGUGGGUUUUCAUGGAUCUGGUCAAAUUCCAACUCCCAACAUAGACGCCUUAGCCUACUCAGGCCUUAUUUUACAAAACUACUACGUAAAUCCUAUAUGUACUCCUUCCCGAAGUGCCUUAAUGACUGGAAAGCAUCCGAUACAUACGGGUAUGCAACAUACAGUUUUGUACGGAGCAGAAGCUCGUGGAUUACCUCUUACCGAGAAACUUCUACCUCAAUAUUUAGAAGAAUUAGGAUAUGAGAAUCAUAUUGUUGGAAAAUGGCACCUUGGAUCGUAUAAACUAGAGUAUACACCAAUGUUUAGAGGAUUUAAAUCACAUCUUGGAUUUUGGACUGGUCAUCACGACUACAACGAUCAUACUGCAGUUGAAAAUCCAGGAUGGGGAUUAGACAUGCGAAGAAAUUUAUCAGUAGCUUAUGACCUGCAUGGUAAAUAUUCCACCGACGUAUUUACGGAAGAAGCUGUACGUAUUAUUAAAAAUUACAGUUCGUCUAAACCUCUUUUCUUAUACAUUGCGCAUGCUGCAGUUCAUUCCGGAAAUCCCUAUAACCCAAUUGUAGCACCCGAUGUAUUAGCUAAAGAUUUUACCAAUAUAGAAGAUUAUAACAGAAAAAGAUUUGCAGCUGUUUUAACAAAACUUGACGAAUCAGUUGGAUCGGUUACAAAGGCUCUUCAUGCUGCAGGAAAAUUAGAAAAUACCAUUAUAAUAUUUUCUAGUGAUAAUGGUGGACCCGCUGCUGGAUUUAAUUUAAACGCAGCUUCAAAUUACCCAUUAAGAGGUGUAAAAAAUACUUUAUGGGAAGGGGGAAUACGGGCCGCCGGCUUAUUGUGGAGUCCAUUGAUUAAAAAACCCCAAAGAGUAGCUUUCCAACGAUUUCAUAUAACAGACUGGUUACCAACACUUAUUGAUGCUGCUGGAGGAAAUUCUAGCAAAAUUAAUAACAUUGAUGGAAAAAGUCAAUGGACGACUUUAUCCAACGAUGAACCGUCAACCAGAAAUGAAAUUUUACACAAUAUUGAUGAUAUUUACGGUAAUGCUGCUUUAACAGUUGGUCCUUGGAAAUUGUUAAAAGGAACAACUUAUAAUGGCACAUGGGAUUCGUGGUAUGGUCCAUCGGGAAGAGAUUAUGAGUACAACGAAACUAAAGUAAUUAACUCGUUAGCAGGACAGGCACUAAAACAAAUUAAGAAAGCAGCCAAUGUCACCCAAAUCAAAAUUUUAAGAAAAGAAGCUACCGUUGACUGUACUGUAACGAAGCAUAAAAAAUGUAAUCUACUUGAAGAAGUAUGCUUAUACAAUAUUGAAAAUGAUCCUUGUGAACUGGACAAUGUUGCAACCAACAACCCAUCCAUUGUUCGAUGGUUAACUGAGAUCUUAAAUCAGUACAAUAGGACAGCUAUACCACCAGGUAACCUUCCAUUAGAUCCGAGAGGAAAUCCUAAAUACUGGAGUUAUGUUUGGACAAAUUUUGGAGAUUAUAUUGAUAUUUCUAUAUAAGUUAUGUAUACAAAUAAUAAAGUAGUUGUUAC